AACGUAAAUGCUGCCACCAACCUCGAGAUAUGAGUUCGAAAGUAUUCAACGCUUCAAGCUGAAACGCAUUACUGUUUCACGGCAUAAAUCACCCGUGCGGACUCACAAGACGUCCUAAUUACCCAAAUUAUAAUGCUGCUGGUUUCAAUUUUUAUUACACGAUGUUAUUCCUUCACCGUAGAAGUCAAUCGUGAACAUUUGUUAAGCACAUAAUUGAUCAGAAAAAAUUGUAGCUGCCUGCGGGAUUCGAACACCGGUGCAUCGCUACAUACGAAUGCACCGGACGUCUUAUCCUUUAGGCCACAACGACUUCAAAACCACCGGCCACCGGUCCGAAAAAAUAAAAAAAGGUUGACACCCGUGAUCUCCCCCUACCCGUCUGAGCGUAGUUGGAAUAGACCCAUAAGCCAGCCACGAUUAUUUCGAAAACAAAAGGAUUUAUUAAGCGUAUUACGGGCUUCGCACUUGUCCGUUUUUGUUUAACGUGAAAAAUCCUCUUGUACAUUCGCGAUCCUGAAAAUCGAUAUAAAAGCCAUUAAAGCCCACAAUUUAAUGUUUUUGAAGCAAAAUGAUCACCUCGCCGUACGUAAAAUUUAUAAACAAUUUAUCAUACCAAAAGAAAGUAAUUAAAAAACUGACAAAGGCUUUUGAUUGGUUGUGUUUUCUAUAAGCGUUUGUCUACACUAUAUUCUCUCUAUGGAAUUUGUCACUAUUGCACUUAUUUUAUGGUGCGAAGUAUUAAUAGAUGUUAAACUAAAUUUGUAAAAUAGAAAAUGUUUAUUUUUAUGUAGGUAAAUAUCAUAAUUACAUCUCGAUAAUUUAAAAAAAUAUUGAUUUAUGAUUAACACUCAAUCAAAAAUAAAGUCGCAGAUAAAGAAUCAAAGAAGAAAUCAAAAAUAUUCGAUGGUUCCUUACUUAUUCUCAUGUAAAAGACAAUGUUAGUAUACCGUGAAAUUGUUUGAACUAAAGGAAGGAGCUGUGAAAAAUAAAUUCAAUUUCUUCCCGUGUAUCCUGAGAUUAAUAUAAGAUGGCGGCGUCACGAUUAUGCGCAUGCGUGUAAAUCGACUAGCCCCCACGGAACAGUUGCGAGAGGUAGUCACUCGGUGAUGUACGGGCUCGAAUGGGCGCCGCGGGAUGGGCGCGCGGUGAAGCCCGCGUGGCCGACGACUCCGACUUCGAAACCCUGAAGAGUCUGCUGGCUUCGGACCGCGGCUGGACCCUCGAGUACGAGCGCGACGGCGUCAAGGUCUGGGUGGAGGAUGCGGCCCACGGCGCGCUCAGAACCGUCAAGGUGGUGGCGGAGUUUGGAGAUGUGGAACCGGAUGCGCUGUACGACGUGCUGCACGACCCCGAGUACAGAUCCGUCUGGGACACGCACAUGCUGGCCGCCGAGGACGCUGGACACAUCAACGUUAAUAACGACGUUGGGUAUUACGCAAUGUCGUGUCCGGCGCCACUCAAGAAUCGCGAUUUCGUGCUGCAACGCUCCUGGCUGGAUACGGGUGAUGAGAAGAUGAUCCUCAACCAUUCAGUGUAUCACAAAGAUUUUCCGCCUAGAAAAGGAUUUGUGAGAGCCUUAUCACUCUUGACCGGGUUCGUGGUGAGGAGCCGGGAGGGCGUCGGAAGUUGGCUGGGGUACGUGUCACGGUCGGAUCCCAGGGGAGCCCUUCCGGCAUGGCUUGUUAACAGAGUAACAGCCCAGUUAGCUCCGAGAUUAGUGCAGCAAUUACACGCAGCGGCUCGAAGGUAUCCUGGAUGGAAAGCCCUCACCGACUACCCCUACCACAAACCCUGGAGGCACCCGGAGCAAGUACCGCCUUACAGAAUAUCCUUGGAUGAUUGUGUAGAUCCUGAUGCGCCACCGCCUCCUGAAAAUCCAAAACCCGAUACAUCCAAAACAAAACUAGACGUGCCGCAGCACAGCGAAGCGGAGAGCCACAGCAUCGAAGAUCUCGGGGACUUAUCGUCAGAGUUCAGUGUGGAAGUUGAAGAGGACGUACCGGACCCCGCUCAAGAUCCCACAAAGAAGAAAGGAAAGUUCUACAGGCUGGUGAAAACGAUGAAGAAUCGACGGAAAAGCGUGCAAGUUGCGAAAUCUGCCGACAGCUUGACGGAGGCGAAGUCCGAGGAAAAACAAGAAAAGAAGAAAACGUUCAAGUUCCAUAGAAGAUUCAGCCUCAGCAGGGGAAGGGAAGAUUGAGCUUAAAAGAGUUGUGAGUAGGGAUUUUAAUGUUCACUCCGUUGUUUUUGCAGCGGAGCCUGGGGGAACAUCUUAGAGUCGCCUGGUUCUAAAACUGCUGCUUGUUUUUGGCAAUUGAUGAAAAAAAAAGCUAAGAAUUGAUGACUAAAAAAAGUGGUUCUACGAACAAAUAUAUAUAAAAAAUGUUAUCCAUAUCUAAAGUAUAUUGUUGCUUUUAAAAUAUUAUAACAAUCUUUUAUAUACUAUAUCUUUUAUAUUCAAUGGGCUAGGUGCUUUAAAACCGAUUGUUUAAGAAAGCGAUCAUCUACAAGUUAACAAUUUAUCUUCUAUCUAUUUUUAUUAUAAAAAACUUUAACAGAAGUGUGUUAGUUGAUUUUACAAAAAAAAAACAGUUACAAAGCACUAUUUUAUUUUGCCAUUUUGCCUGUUAAUUUGUUAUUUUUCCAAAUUACAAAAAUGACUCGGCUUAACAACAUUUGACAUUUAGUGUCAAAGACAGUUUGACAGAAGUCAAUGGAUAAAAAUGCUAAACAUCUCUCGCCGCGGUCAAGGAAACCGGAGACGUUACUAAAUAAUAUUUCUUAGCAGCUGAGCAACGUAAGUAAAAACUGAGCUCCCAUUUUGUACAAUAUAUUCGUAACGAGUGUUUAUUUCAAACUAAGCAAGAGCAGUACGGACAUAUCUGCUGUACGAUUAUAAUAAUGUGUUUAAUGCAAAAGUCCAUUUAUUUUGAACUACGACGUUCUAUCAGAAAAACGUGAAAUUGAAAAGAAAUCACUUGUAUAUAGUGUAGUAUAAGGUGUUGAAGUAGCAUGUUGAUACAACUUAAUUAGAUCUCUUUCUCUGACUUGAAACUCGACUAAAUUUUCGUUAGUGUUAGUUUUGGGUGUUUUUAACGUUUCUUGUUCAUUGUUAUUUGGCUUUAUGUACGUAGAAGGCAGUCAGCCUCGAAUUAUGAUAGCUGUUUUAAGAGUUGAUGUCUUUUUGGUUCCGGUAGCAACACACCACAUCGAUAUAUAUUUUCUUUUAUAAGAUGUAACCCGAAAAUAUAGGCCGCCUUGCCGUAUUUUUCCCAGAUUGUCGAUCGUCACUCGACAUAUCUACUGUUUGUAAAUGUACGGAAUAUUCAAAUCGAAAGGUUUUUAAUGAAAUGUUUAUUAAAUGCACAAAUACGUUAGAUAAGUAGUUAACAUAAACAAGUUGAUAAGUAAUUUAACUUUCAUUUAUAAAAACAUAGAGGAAAAUUUUCUGUAUUCUUUCACAAGAAUAAAAACCUUAUCCAUUUACAAUUUGUAUCUUUUAGAAUUUAUUUACGUGUUUAUUAAUGAUGCAUUUCUAAUUAAGUCUGAAAAACGUUACUAGUGCAUAAUAAAAUAUUAGUUUAUUCUGACUUGACUUUCCCGUGUUACACGAACAGCGUGACUUACUGGUGGUAGGACCUUUUGUGAGUCCGCGCGGGUGGGUACCACCACCCUGCCUAUUUCUGCCGUGAAGCAGUAAUGCGUUUCGGUUUGAAGGGUGGGGCAGCCGUUGUAACUAUACUGAGACCUUACAACUUAUAUCUCAAGGUGGGUGGCGCAUUUACGUUGUGAUGUCUAUGGGCUCCAGUAACCACUUAACACCAGGUGGGCUGUGAGCUCGUCCACCCAUCGAAGCAAUAAAAAAACAAAAAAAUAAACAAACUAGAUUAGUUACAAACAAAUCUUUCGUAUCGUAUUCAUUGUGUAAAUGAUUUACAUAAAAAGAUAGAUAGAUAAAAAGAAGUUAAACAGUUCGCAAAAAAAAAGAACGACACUUACAAGCAAAUCUUGCAAACGACGUAAAUCUUGUUACAAUGAAACUUUUUUUCGAAUAAUUCGAGAGAAUUCCGGCUCACGUGAAAAGAUUUAUAAUAGCAAAACUUAAUGUUUUUGUAACGCAAUAGGCAAUACAGUUUUUACGAGAUCAAGUUCAAGGAUAACUGUAUUGUUUGUGACCAGACAGAAUUUUUUUUUUUUUUACCCCACCUUUUCAGAAAAGAAUUAUCGCUUUGUAAGCCUGUGAAGCGUUCGUUCAGAAAUUGAUUCAAUACUUUAGAAUGUAGCAUUGUAUUAUCGAAGAAAAUAAAACAAGAAUCAAUCAUUAUUUAUUCAUCAUUAAUAAUUUAAGGAAAAUUGGGUUAAUUCAGCUUUAUACAUAUAUGGAUGGAUCAAAAUCAUCAGUGUCGCCAUUUAGUUUGAACAAAUUUUUGUAUUUCGCUAACCAAAACAAACAGUUUGAAAAGGCGAUGACUGUUUUAAAAAACAAACCUAUUUAAAAUGACUCAUUUUUAAUUGAAAGAAUAUAUCCAUAUGAGGUUUAUGCUUUUAGAGUACAAUGAUGAAUAUUAUGACCAAUUACCAAUCAUAAAACGAUUAUGACCAAAUAAGAAUGACAUAAUCAAAUUUAUUGUAAACUGCGCCCAGGUUUUUAGGCUAUAAAAUACAAUUGAAUUUUCGGCUUUAUGUGGGUGGACCGAUUGCUCGUCAUGAGCAAAUAAUUUUCUUAUAUCGAAUAUCUACGUACCGAGUUAAAUUUUGGUAGAACUUAUAAAACCGAUAUCGAUUUGUUAUUUAUUUCAAUGGCUAAGUGCUUUUCAAUUACAUGAAGAACAGCAAAGGCUAAGCUCUCCAUCGAGGUAUCUAAGCUGGAGAGACCAACGACAAUCCGAAUUAUGCGGAAGUUCCACACAUGCAAGGUUUCCUUGAAAGAUCCGUUUGCAUUAUUAAUUAUUUUUUACACUCGUACACUUUAUUAAAAAAACAUAAAAUUUAAAACCAAUAGUUACAUAUCUUCAGAGUCAGAGGCUACGAAUAACAGAGGGUAAAAAUUUCUAAAGUCGCUUGUUCUAUUAAAGUAUUGAGAAACUUAGUAUCGAACGAUUACGUUAUUAUAAAGACACAAUUUGAUUAUCAUCCUAAUACAAUAUACAUCAGAGAAAACUCGAUAAUUUCAAAGAAUAUUCUCACAUUUAGCUUUUUUUUUUUUAUUGCCCUUGUAGGCAGACGAGCUUACGACCCACCUGAUGGUGAAUGGUUACCGUCGCCCAUGGACUUCAGCAAUGCCAGGGGCAGAGCCAAGCCGCUGCCUACCGAAAGCUUACUCAAAUUUUAAUACUACCGCAAUCUUUAAUACGUUUACGAUGGUGCCUUUUCUAUCUAUCUGUAUCUAUUACUAAUUAAAUCGUUUCUUUAUUCUAGUAAUUUAAGUGCAAACAUAUUUAUGAUAAGAUAUAAAAUAAUUUGUACGCUGUAUUAUAGUAUUCGGCUGAAAGUCUUCAUUAUUACUGUUCUACGCAAAUCUAUACCUUUUACUCUUAAUGAAAGGAAAAUUAUUUAAUGUUUUGUCAAAUAAAAAGUCGUGUUUAUUAUUUUGUCGUGUUUAUUCCAAAGAAUUCAACAAGACAUAAUAUGAGGCCGUCAGCGCAAAAGUGGCCUAAGCUUACUAUAGUUAGUAUGGAGAUAUCGAGGUUUAAAUUUACUUUUACACUUUACAAAAAGAAAAAAACAAUACGCGCGAAAAUAAUGUUUACAAAGCCAUCUGUUAUCUAUCGCUGAAACUAGGGUUAGGCCGGUUAUGCGUCAAAAUUUAUUUUGUUUCAAAUAAAUUGCAAUUUCAAAUAAAAGAAAAACAUAAAUUUUGGAAAAUUGUGGGUUAGGCCACUUUUACGCUGAUGGACUUAUAUGUAUGUUGUAGCAUCUAUAAAAUAUCACUUAAAUACGUCUCUGUUCUUUCUAGCAAUGUUGUUAUAUUGUUGCAGAAUAACUAUUUAGCGUUCCAAUAUUCUCAAGCGUUUAAGUGCUCAAUUUUACGUAGUUAAAUAUAUUUAAUACAUACCUAUACUACAUUGUGUUACGGGAUUUCUCUUUGAAGGGCUUCAUAGCUAGAAAUUGCAUGUCAUUAGUAAUAUUUAUAUAGUGUUCAUUUAAACAUUUUUCAUAAGAACUGCUAAAAAAGUGUGUUUUCUCUUAAAUUAUUAAGGCAAACUGUACCGGACUCGGUAAAUUGGUCAAGUAUUUUUAUAAUAAAUGUAAUUUGGAGAGGUUCCUCUCUCUUCAUUAAUGGUUUUUCUUUUCAUUAUAUCGAGGGGUGAAAGACUAUUUGUUUUAAGCGAUAUUCCGCUUAAUACGCAACAAUUAUCUUUGUAAUUAAAGAUGCGUUUUAUUUGGUAUUCGCAUCAACAGUCCGAUGAUUUUAAUUGAACUUCAAUUAAGUUUACUCCAUGAAUAUAGCUGAAGAAGUUUUUAUGUUAUUAUAUUUUUUCCAAAUUUUAAUGUUUAAAUGCUUCUCAUGUAAAGUUGCACGAGUCAGUCGUUCACCCCUCGAAUUAUCAUUUCAGAUGCUUUAAGUGUGCAUAGUACAAGUUUUAGACGAUUGACAAUACAUUAAAGAACUUAGUGAUAAAA